AUUUAGAAACGGAUCGCACCAACGUAUGUUGGGUGGAGGAAGGAUGCAGUUCCCUCAAACCCCCAUCUUGUUCCAGUUCGAUUCUUGAUGUGGUUGAUCAUGUGAAUAAAUUUGACAGCGACGAGUUGAAUCUACACCUCAAUAAAGGCUGUUACACUGGUUCCGCCUCAUUGAACGCUGAGCUUAAUAAUGCACCAGCUUCCUGUAAUCCACCAUGUUUCCGCAUCAUGUUGCCUGGGGAAUACUGUUACAUGGGCACGCGCAAUAAUAACUUCUCUAAUCGUCGUCACAUUGGAAAAAUCAUUGUGAGCCAAGGCUCCGUUUUUCCAAAGCUAGACUACGGGAGCAAGUCAUACCCAGGGAAAUCGUGUAAAGAUAUCAAAGAUAUCAGGGACAAAGCGAAAGAGAAUCGUGCGAAUGGAGUCUACUGGAUUUUGCUAAAACGACGCAGCAAAGGUUAGUUAGACUGGCCUGUGCUAAACUGUGUCUUAAAGUUAUUGUUUCUGAUGUAAUUGUUAAAUGAACAAACCUUCAAGCUGUAUCAACUCGUUUUAAGUUGGUUACUGCUACUUGUAACUUCUGAUCAUGAUAAAAUCGUUCUCAUCCGUGUCCAUUUAGUUAAGCCACGUAUUGAUUUUUUCUUUAUUUACAGAUUUGUCCUUCUAACUUGAAGUUGUUAAAACAAAACGUGGCACUCCUGAGACACUCAUUAUUGGUUACAAAUACUUAGUUUUGUUUGUUGCGUUUUACAUAAAAGAAUAAUAAUAACAACAACAACAAAAUCAGAUGCGCAUCAACGGAAGCUAAGUGAUGAGUAUGUGAAUUUCAUAUACUUGAACCGCGGAAUGAAGAAAUUAAUAUAGAGAAGUUCAUCGCAGUUAAAAACCCAACUGCAGUUGCGAAAAGAAGGCCUUGAAAAAUUUCAGGCUUGUCGGGGUUCGAACCCUGAACUCUGGGACGCGGGAAAUGUGAAACUCAGCUCAGUUACUUAUGGCGUUGUUUACGGGAUCUCGAACUUGGCUGGGCCACGGUGGUGGAGGGCCGAAGCCUGUUACAGGCUCUCAGAUGGUAGGGAUGACGCGUAGGUGCGUGAUCUGGGAAAAGGGGGCGGUGGCAGGAAAAACUUUCCUCCCGUUUUAUUUUUCCUCGGCGUGUUCACGCUUUCUCAAUUUCGCGGACCCGACUAUCUGGGAGCCUGGAACAGGCUAGGGAGGCCGGAGUAUUCUCACCACCUCGCCACCUCACCCACCUAACGUUCGCGAUUUUCCUUUCUUUUCCUUCAUUGUCUGCGUAUAGCAUGUUCAAACCCACUCGGGAUGGAGAAGGGAGGCAUAAGCAAUGCACAGAUCACAGCUUCCAGUCAAUACCACUCUCCAUACCAAUCCUACAAUGCCAGAUUGAAUUCCGGUGGUGGCUCAUGGAUUCCCACAUCUAAUAACGCUCAUCAGUGGCUGCAGGUGGAUCUUGGUAAGAAAACUGAGGUGACAGGAAUAAAGACCCAGGGACGAUAUAACGCGCAUCAAUGGGUUAAAAGUUACCGUGUCUCCUAUAGCAACGAUGGCUCCACCUUCCAAACUUAUAAGGAAAACAAUCAAGACAAGGUAUAAAGUCAACUGAAAAUCGUUUCAAGAGCCUAUCAGGCAAUUACCAUUUAUGUUCGAAUAAGCGUUCCCUGUAUGAAAAACUGAAAACUAUUGUCUGAGAUGUUGGAUAUACAAUAAUGUCUUUUUAUGUCUAAGACAGUAUGGAAAAGUCUUUUAAGGUGGCUCGAUACACUUAUUCAGGGUCAAUAUCUCCCAAAUUUGAGCAUAAACUACGUCACCAUAAACAAAGAUUUGGAAAAAUUGCCACCAGAAUUGUAUUAGAUAAAGAGAAAAAUUUGGUAUGAUCAGGGUUGCAAUGACAUCGGAGUUGUCAUAGCAACGAAAUGUCGCCAUUACCUAUUUUACUUGCAGCAGUAUUUCUCGGUACUGGGAACUGUUCUUCCAAAAUCGUUCACGGGAGCUUUUUCCUACAAUAGCAGCAUCGAUGUUUGUGAAGUUUAAGCGAAAUCGAUGAGAGUGUUAUAGAGAUAUUUUGGGAUGAAGUUUUAAUGGUUAGAAAUGCAGUAAAAAAUGGACAAUCUUGAUGUUUGGCCUUUGUCUGUCUAUCGAGCGGUUUAAAAAUUAUUGGCUAGUUUGUUAAAGUGGACCGAAACGUUUACAAAACCGCUAACAAGAGCACCUCGAUACAUACUAAUCAAAUCCUCCUUUCUAGCAGUCGGCUGGAGCCAUCUCCAUUAUCUUUCACACACGUUUUUUUAAAGAUUUAGACUACUAUGAGGUGAAAUUGUACGUCAAAAGCGUUUCGUUUUCUACAGAUAACGGCGAAACAUCAAGAUUGUCCAUUUUUUGCUGUAUUUCUAUCCAUUAAUACUUCAUCCCAAAAUAUCUCGAUUACGCUCUUACAGAUUUCGCUUAAACUUCUCGAACAUCGAUGCAGCUAUUGCAGGAAAAAGCCCCCCAGUGUCGAGAAAUACUGCUGCAAUUAAAAUAAGCAAUGGCGUCAUUUCAUUGCUAUGACAACUCCAAUGUCAUUGCAACCCUGAUCAUAACAAAUUUUCAUCUUUAUCUAAUACAACUGUGGUGGAAAUUUUCCAAAUCUUUGUUUAUGGCGACGUAGUUUAUGCUCUAACCUGGGAGGUAUUGACCCUGAAUAACUGUCUCGAGCCACCUUAAAUUGUCAGUAAGUUCAGUCGGUGGCAUUAUAACAGAUGGUAUUAUAUGGCAAAGCCAUUCUUAGGCAAAUCCUUGCGCUCUGAUUGGUUCUUUCUCAAUCGGGAUUUUGCCGUAUGGACUGAUUGAAAUUUUACUGAGAUUUCAAAGAUGGAUGAAGAAGACGAACAUUCUCCGAGCGAGGUCAGUAUUAUCCUGAACAUCUGGAAAUUUUUGAUGCAGAAAGUGAAAGCGGCAUCGCCGAAAGCCAGGAGGCCCAAAACGAUUUUAUCAACCAACAGAAAAGUUCAAACACAAACAAGAAGACGGUUACUGAUAUGAACACUCUUCUCCGCUGCAUUGAAGCUAAUUUGGUAUGAAAAAUGAGAAAAUUGGAAGCUUACCUGCGUCCGAGCUUGACCACUUUUUGUCGAAAUUUGAUUGAACGCACGGAGGAAAAACGGAGAAGAAUAAGAGCCAGCGACAGUUUCCAGUUUCCAGACCAGUAUAAGCUUACAGCGAUACACGCAUUCAACAUAUCCAAGGACAAUGAUUUCAAAAAAUCCAGAAAAGUCCUUGCAGCGAAGCGAAAGUCACUUGUUCUGACACGAUCCAGUUGCGCUUCAAAGAACUGUGUGGUCGUUUUUAUACAGCACCUCGGUCUCCGAGCAAGAGAAUAUCAGUCAAGCGAUCCGUUACUGUCUUCCACCGCUCCAGUUUUUACAGGUGCAAACAUAGGAUCCAUCAGCAGGUGCACAUUGCAAAUAUUUCAUGGUAGUGUGAAAAUUGCCCAGAAUGAAAGGAAGCGUCGAAUCGUUAUCGCAGCGAUGAGGACGAUUGACUUUGAAGCUAUUUUUGUCAACUAAUAUGCCCUGAUAAUUUUCACAGCUUGAAACUUAGACUUUCACGUGAUACUGACUUGAUCCAUAUUUUGUAAUCAAGAAAGUAUCGUUUGAUCGACUAAAAAACCUUUCUCGAAUUUUAGAAUCAACAAUUGCUUUUGUCAGAUUCCGUUAUAAAGCGUUUUUGAAGUUUUGUUUAAGCUAAUUUAAGACGAUUUCACAUUCAAUGAAUUUGUUUUUCGAACUCGUAGUAGCCUGCUUUUGUCUGAGUUGCUCGCGUCAUCAAGAAUACGUCACGGCAGAAGCCCUUUAAGUGCAAGCCACCGAAAGUGCAAUUUACUAUCAGAAGUCGAGUGCCAUAUAAUAAACAACUUACUAACGGCCCUCGAUCGGUCGUGGCAGAACGGACCGAGCCCAGCGAGGUCCGUACUGCCACGAGUGAGAGCCAAUAUUCCCCAGUACGGCCCUCGUGCUCUAUUGGUAAGCGGUUAAUAUCACAAGUAACUUUCGUUGCUAAUUGCGUUAUCAUGUCUUGACCACAAUGUUUCGUCCUCUUUUUUGAAUAACUUGUAGAUAUCACUGUUUUAUUGCUCACUAAAUAGACUUACAGCUACUGUACCCUAAAUUUUCCUACAGAUAUUGAGGAGAAGGUUAAGUAAUUUCGGUAAUACCUCAUAAAAAUGUUAGAAAUCAGAUUUCAGUAUGGUAAAUAAAUGGUGACAGGCCAUUCACAAAUCCGGCAAACGUGUCGCAUGAAUGUAACCUUGCAACUGAAGUCCUGUUUACCUUAAUUUCGGCAUUAGAUGGAUGAGGUCGGUAACGGAGGUUAUCGGUAACCCAGGUAACGGAAGGUCCUUUUUUGACUUUCAAAAGGAAAUUUUUCACGCAAAAUAAAAUUUUCACACUUUCCCUUACCCUUAAAGCAACGAAGGAAUAAAGGUAAUAAAGCACACAAAUGGAUACUAUCGAGCGGUUUACGUUCCAUGGAAAUAUCGAGGUAACGAAUCGAGGUUAUGCUCUUAUCCAUAACCUCUCAGUAAAAACUGAUGAUGUCAGAUUGCAAAUUCAGGAAAUAUUUUUGGUUUCUGUUCGAUAAAUUCUGCAAGAACAAUGCAGGAUAAAUUUCAGCAAACGCUUCGUGCCAAUUCAGUUUUCUUACAUUUAUCACAUGUCUAUGAAUUAAGGUAACGGAGGUUAUUGCAAAAUUAUGGAAUUCCUGAGGUCAUGGGCUUAUUUGAAAGCUCAUUUCCUAUACACAAAGGUUUGCUCUAUCUGAGAGGGGUAUCCCAAAGCCAUUGCUGUUGAGAAUUUAAAAUAGUUUGUAUAUAUAUGCUGCGGACAUGCCAAAUUGGCACUUUUCAGGGCUUUCUCUUGUAUGCUAAAAUAGUAAGCAUCUAUUAUUGUCUAAAAUGCUGUGUUAUGACAAUAGAACCGUCCGAUGAGUUUAUUAAAAACUUUAAAACAACACCCUUACUGUCAAAUACAGACAGACAGACAGUAAAAUAUCUGUUUGCUACAUUUAACUGGGAAUGAGUGUAAUUUGAACAUUUAAUGUAAGUAAUUUUAUAAGUCACAGCGUUCAGGCGCAGUUCCCCUGUCCAGGACAGAGGACACGCAAAACUUAUCAUGACCAGCAUCUCUAAAUCUUAGUAACAUUUCAUUUACCACUGCAGAUCUUUCAAGGAAACACGAACUAUUACAGCGUGGUUUCGAACGCUUUGAACCCUUCCAUACACGCACGCUACAUUCGGAUACUACCUAAAACGUGGUAUAGUCAUAUUUCUAUGAGGAUAGAACUCUUGGGGUGUCCGUCUGGUAAGUAAUGAUAAUUUAUCUUUACUUCAAUCAAGAUACAGCCUUUUAGCUUUUCAAAGAACUGCAACUGAUUAAAGGGACAGGUUCAUGGUUAAGCUCAUGCUCAUGAAUUAAAUUACUUUUUUCCAAUUUAUUAUAUAUUCCAUCGGUUAAUAAUCCCACUCACAUGUACCUCAGCAAUCUCAGAGUGUUUUUCAAAGUACAAGUGUAUUUCAGAGUAACGAAGUAGGAUGGAGGAGUACUAAAAUCGCAAAAAGAAAAAAUAGAUUAUGCCAACACUACCAACGUUGAAUUUAUUGUUGACCCGAAGGUUUUAUUCCAUGGAUGAUUAAUUUACAGCUAUUUGCAAAUAUUUAAGUUGAUCAAGUGCAAGUGACUGCCAGGGGAGUGUGCAGAUUGGUUCUUUGACAACAUUAUGAUAUGAUCAUAUUGCUUGCAUAGACGAUACAGCAUGUCCCGGCAGAAAAACAGCAUUUUGACGAAUGAGCAUGCGCUCAACCGUGAACCUGUCCCUUUAAGCUAAGGCGACCGAAGCAUUUAACCGAUCGUAGUAUUAUAGGCAAGUGCAGCGCAGUUUUGGCCAGAUUUUGGUAUUAUCUUUAGAAAACAGCGUAUAAUUUUUUGCUAAUAAAUGUGCUAUGAAGGAUACUUUGGGCGAGUGAAAACGUAUCUGGGCACAACCUGAGUACAACCUGAACGUCACUCGGCGCCCAGAUGGCGAGGGCUCUAAACAGUAAGUUUGCAUAUUGGUUUAACCUGUAUCCUUUAAAGUUGUGGAAAUCUGUUUGGUUGUUAAACGCCUCGAUUUUCGAGAACAGUGGUAAUUAAAAGCUCUACUGAACUAGUCGUAUUUUGAGAUAACCAGCGUGAAUAUUUAACCAGAAAAAAAGAAAAAAAUGUUUGGGCGGAAAGUAACAGUGAAACAUAGUCAGUGUUCAGAUACGGAGACGCCAUCAUUUUCAAAAAAGUUCCGUUUUCUUCCGUCCACACGAGUAUGGCAAACUAGCGUUUUCUAAAAGUGGCCGAUUCGGUGACCGUUUUUCAUCGGACACAUAAAGACGGAAAGUCACUCCGCAUCAAUGAUCGCGGAUUCAAAAAAUCUGGAUACAUGAUGUGAUGUGCGUGGCGUUGUUUCGGGGUUUCCAAGUAUUGAUGAUCUGUCUGGGAUAAAACAGGCAGACAAAAUGAACAUAUAGCAUGUUGCCUUCUCUUAUGACCGUACAUAUAUUUUAGCGCUAACGUCUGGUCCACGUAUGCGUAUAUUGCCCCUUGUGAAACACUCUAAAUCUUUCCUUUUCAGCCCUUUAAGUAUUAGGCUAAGCGUAGUCACGAGAACCCACAUAUUCUCUUGUUCUUUUUUUGUUUUAUAGUUCCAAAAACUGCAUUUCCAGUUUUCUGUGACAUGGACGCUGGAGGUUAGUAACAUAAAGCCAUUGCUUUAGACUUUUUAUUGUCAGUGGCUGUUUUUAUUUUUCUUGUCAGAUGUUUUAUUCUAGUUCCAGUCAAGAGAUUAAAAAGGACUCACGAUUCUAUUUACGUUACUGAGAUAGAUAAAACGAUUAUUGGAUGAGGUUGAGAGAAGAAUGGAGGAGGCUGAUAAAGAUUGACAAUGGUGUUGUUAGCCGGAGCCAGAGGCUGAGGUGGACAACAACCUCCGAGUUCUGCAUAAAUCUGCUUCCUGUCAUACGAAAGCCGAAUUAAAAAUUUGUUUUGUUAUUCAUUUCAAAUAUUCCCUUAUGCAAAACAUCGUUCGCUCUAGCAAAUCGCCAUUUUUUCUAUCAGUCUUCAGUUUUUUUUCUAUUAUUUUCUUUCAGUAUUUUGAGUUAUUUUAUUUUCCCCGUUUCUGAAUUCUUCGAGCUAUUUAGUAAGCAGCAAAACAACCUUUGUUUUCAACUGGCCCUACCAAAUCUUUGGAGUUUGCAAAAGUGCUUCGCCCCUUGCUUGCACUGAUUUGGGGAAAACAAAGUCGCUUGUUUUGCACUCUAGCCAUUAUGCUCUAUAUGCACUGCGAAAGUUGAAACCUCUUUUCCAAGGUGUCUCGAGCCCUUGCCUCUUUUGAAAAAGGUGCUAUAGGGCUUGGGAACAACACAUAGAUUAGCAACUUUGGAAAACAAUCUACUAAAUUUUUGACGUCACAGUUUUUAUGCAACCCACUGCGAUUAACGCUUUUUAUCUAGGUUGGACGAUGGUGUUUAAGGCUGUGGGCGGAGUGGAGAAAAAUGUCUAUGAAGUUUAUAAAUCUGAUCAAACCUCUUCCGAGGAUAAGGUGGAAGCUCUUGACGUCACUAACAAGUACCGCGAUCACUACAAGAACAGGAUAGUUUUAUUUUGGGAAAUAUUUGACGCAUCUGAGGUACUUUCUAACAAAUAUUACAAUCAUCCCUCUCAAACAGAGACCACCUCAAUGCUAAGGCAAUUUUAAAUAACUUGAAACAAGGCCCCCUACAUUAGCCCCUCCCAUUCCUUAGAUACAUCCGCUAUUUAUACUAGAGUUCCAAUGAGAUAGUUAAUGUCCGUGUUCUAAGCGUGAGUAAGAUGUUAAGGGAAACAAGACCAGCUGUGUAACUGCUUGGUUAAAACUGGAAAACUACUGCAGAAAAUGUCUUGACCGUACGAAAUGGCUGCUUUACAAAAAUUUAAUUAGAUGUUUCAUUACUAGGCUCGAGUUAGCCUUUAUAAAGGAGGAAAUUCGACAGUGGAACUGAAAUUCAGCGCCAAGGGAACGGACAACCAAAACUGGUUUAGCGUCUCCAAACUGACUCACAGCAGCCAGUGGUCUGAUAUCAAAAAAGAGUCAAAGAACUACUUUUCAAUCAGUGGAGACACGACAAAGAAGCGGCACUUCUUCGUCAACCGAGCCUAUGCAGGAAAUUGCGCCGGUGAUACCGGGUGGAUGGUAAUUGCUGGAAAAGAAUGUGACUGGGAAAGGGGUCACCAACACAAAAACCCCAUACUGUACAGCAAGUUAUCAAAAUACACUACAUGGGAGAAGAAAAGUGAGUUAACCAACACUUUGUGUCUGUAUGACAUUAAUGUUUCUAUUCUUUUCUCUUAUGGCGAAAAGUUAAAAAAGAGCAAACCGCAAGAAGGAAUAGAAUUCUUGGUUAUUGGAAUAUUAUCACACUCAUUAGGGGAUGGGAAGGGGGGUUGCGGGUUGAGGCUAGUGGGAGAUUAUUUAUGGGGUUGAUGACGAAAGAUCUACCCCACGUGACAACCAUUAAGACUGCUGUGUAGGCGACUACUCGUAUAGCCUGAACACCGACGUCUCACAUUUCCUUGUUGUCUCUCUCCGAGAACAACAAACGACACAGGAGACGUCUACACGGAGCCCCUAGCGACUAUACCGCUCUCGCUGAAAAUUAUUUUGUUUGUACAAACUUUACAGUCGCUUGUGAGUGACAGGAACACCUAAACGAACGAAUUUUCAAACGGUCGAAAAUUCGUCCGUUUCCGUGUGAACACAGUCUCAGUCAGAAAGGCUCGGGACGCUCACUUCGUCUUGAAAGAUCAAGAGCGAAAACACUGUUUAAUUUCCUCAAGGAAUGAACAGAUAGCGGAUGUUACCUAGUUAUCGAUACCAAUGGUUAUCUGUUUUUUAAAAAAAUGUUCAUACUUUUACUCUGUAACGAUCUGUUUCAGGUCUACAUUUUAAGUUUUCUUUUAAGCCCCUGAGGAAGGUUUGUCUUGCAAACCGAAAUAUCUUCAAGUUUUUUUCUUUUAAAUUUUAUACUCGAAUGCAAGCUUGUCUAGUUAGUUGUCUCGUCCAUUUUGACUUUUGUUUCUGGUCUUUCAUUUGUGUUUUGGUUGUAAUUAGCGGCUAAUUUUUGAUCGGCUAGUUCAAUCUGCCUACUAGCAUAGUUGGUGAUCUCCAACAUAAAAAGAGCUGUAAGUUAUAACUCUUCUUUAAUUCUAUUUUCUUUAUUUUCUUCCAGAAGACGUAGGGGAGGCAGACGUCUUGGCAGUGUUCUUGCGUUAAGACGAAACCAGGAGCCUUAUUGGACGAAACGAAACGAUGA